AUGGCUUCCAACAGUCCAAAAUUCGACGAUUUGAUGAAGAGGUGGUUGGAGGAGAAGAAAUCUGAGUGGAGCGGUGAGAACUCUAGGAAGACACAACUCAUGAAGAGUAUAAUAAGUUGGGUUCAAGAAAUUCUUGUAGGAAUGAAUGAUAAGAACGAAGAAACCACUGCUCAAGGGCUAUGCAAAACAGUGGGAGAAAAGGGGAAGCCACUGGAGUCAGAAGAAAUGGAACUGUGCACCUUCGUUGUUAAGAAUUUGCUAAAAAUAAGAGGAAGUGGGAUCAAACCAUGUGGAAAAGGAACUGCUGAUGAGCUAAUGGAGGAUUAUGUGCAUUGCACAAUAAUGAACUUGUGGGCAACCAUGUAUCGAAUGCAACAUUGUGAUAAGAACAAUGUUAUAAAUGAGGCAUACAGUGCAAUAAAGAUUCUGGGCACAUUAGAUGGGAAAGUUCAGUGCGAUGUAUGCGAGUAUAAGGAUUUGGAGCAUAUGAAAAUAUUAGGGGAACUCGACAUGUUAGGAUUUAUCUAUAAUACUAUGAGUAAGGAGCAGGGAAUUAUGGCAUUAAUUAAAAACAACACAAAACCCAAGGGAUCAUGUACACAACAGGAGGAUGUUCUAGCAAAAUUAGGUCUCCCCACUAGUAGUAACAAUGUAUUGUCAUCACGGAACCCACACCAUCCAAUGAAUGGUGGGGACAGCGCAGCAGGGGAUAGAUUGUUAAGCAGUCUGGUUAACAGAUGGGUUCUCAAAAGGAGUAUAACAAAGCAGGAUCAACUGAAUGAAGGAAUAUGGAAAGAUUUAAUAACAAUAUUUAAUAAUAUGAUGGAUACAUUAAAUAUGGAGGAAAAAGUUCAUAGUACAAUGUGUGCCACAUAUGAAGGGGAAAGCAAGGACAAUGUUAAAUGGGGAACGGAAGAAAAAGAAUUUUGUAAAGCUGUAAUGAAAGUAUUAUUAUACACAAAUGGGUUAACACAUAAAUUUGGCAUAAGAAAUGGUGUUGAGAAGGAAGAUAUGGUAGAAACUUAUUUCAGGUGCAUAGUGGGAAGGGUGGUUUUGAUGGAAUUGUAUGGGGGACACUGCUUAUUUGAUAAACACAUAGGGUACAUGCAUAGAAUGGUUGAAUCUCUUCUGGAAUUUCACGAGGCAGAUCCGACAUAUAAGUUAUGUUCUAAUUUCAAUUUGAAGAAGUCCAUGAUAGGGGGAAAAUUAAUAUGGGGAACCAUAGCAAAGUGGGUAGAUGAGAAGAAGACGAAGACAGGGAAGGAUGAAAUAAAGAAAUAUAAGAAUUUAAUGGGAAUUUGGAACUGUCCUAAUGGAAGCAAAGCAGGGGGAAGCAGUACAGCUGAAGGUCAAGGGUGGAACGGUAAAGUUAUUAUACAGGAAUUAAAGAAAAUGAAGGAGAACGGAGAUUUUGUAUCGCAGAAGGGUGCAGAUCAAAUAAUGUUAGAAAUGGAUCCAAAUGAGGGGGAAGACCAAAUCCAGAAGAAAUUAGAAAGUAAAAUUGAAGAGAAAGUACAGGAAGAGAAGAAAGCAGCACCUCCUUUAGCAGUCAAACCAGCCACAGCAGCAAAACCGGUUGCUGCCAAACCAGCAACAGUACAACCUCCUGCUGCAUCAACACAGCAUCCUGAACCAGCACCAUCAUCUGAUCCAUGCGCUCCCACCCAAUCACAUGAAGAACAGCAGAAAAGGCAAGAAAGUGAACAGAAAAGGACAAAACUAAGAGAAGCAUGGGAUACAAAGCAGAAAGAGUUCAUGACGGGCGGAACCUUAGACCAGGUUUAUGGCCUGGUGUUUAGAGAAUUUAGGUGUUUGAGGAAGAUGCACUCCUCGCAGAGAGGGGCCGGACAAAGGGGUAAUGAAUCCGGACAAGGAGGGAAGGAAAACGGAACAGGGGGGAAGGAAACCGGACAAGGGUGGAAAGGGAACCGGAACAAGGGGCGAAGGAAUCCGGACAAGGGGAAAGCAGCCGGAACGAGGAUGGAUGGAAACCGAACAAGGGGAAAAGGAAACGGGACAAGUGGGGAAGGAAACCGGACAACCCGGGUCCAGCUGGACAAGGGGGAACUGGACAAGGGGGAGAAUGGACAUGGGGGAGAAUGGACAUGGGGGAGAUUGGACAAGGGGGGAAAGAAACGGGACAAGGGGGAAAGGAAACCGGACAAGGGGGAAAAGAAACCAGACAAGGGGGAAAGGAAACCGGACAAGGGGAGAAGGAACCGGAACAAGGGGGAUAAAUUGAAAAGUGAAGUAGGGAAGGAAGUGCAGAGAUUGUUGGACGAAUUAAAGAAGUAUAUGGAAAUGCAGGAAAAGCCGGGGAAGAUACAUAAUAUAUGUGGUGGAAUACAAGGUGAGAACACGAACGAAACGAAACAAAUGAAGGGCAUAUGCAAAAGAUUAGUAAGAGUAAUUUAUUGGAUGGAAGGAUGGGACGAAGAUAAGAAUAAGUGGAAAGAAAAGAAUGAGAGGGAGAAGGUGAACUCAGAGUCAUACUUAAAAUGUAUAAUAGGGAAUAAUAUUAUAAUAAGGAUAUUGAAGGAUAAGUGUCGUAUAGGGGAAGUUCUAAAAGCUCUUUCCAAUACUAUGGGAGAAGUAGAAAAACAAUUCAAAAGAAAGGAUAUCAAUAGUCUAUGUGAUUGGGUUAAAGUGGAUGAUGUAGAAACUGUGGAAAAGUUAGCUGGGGCACAAAUACAUAAAUGGUUAGAGAAGGGAAGAAAGAAGGAUAAUGGUAUUUAUGAGUUAGAUCAGGUAAUGACCUGGAUGCCAUGCCAACAGGGGGAGAAAGAGCAGGAAGAAGCAGAACAAAGUGGAGAUUGCCCUAAUGGAAGAAUUGUAGACCUAUUGAAAUUAGGAAGAUCAAAGGAAUUACGGAAAGUAGUCAAUACAGACCCUCCAGCUGCGAAACCGGCUCCAUCAAAGGAUCCUGCGAAGUCCGCACCUGCACCAGCAGAACCUGGCACGGAGGGAACUCACUCAACUAAAGCAGGUAAGAAGGAUAAGGAUGAUGAGGAAAGUGCAUGUAAGGAUAGUGCUGAGAAAACUAAUACUCAGGGUGGUCCCAGUAGUGUCCAUAUAACUGCAGGGUGUACAUCUGCCAAAUCCUUAGGAGCAAAGACAGGUCUUAAUGAUAAGGAUGAGGAGAACGAACUCAUCCAGAGAAUAUUGAAAAAUUAUGGAACUGCAGUAACACUGGAAAAUCCUGAUAACACUGUUCUCACAACUUCAGGUACAGGUAUAACAACUGAUCCAACUCAAAAUCCCGGUUCUUCCGGCCCAGGAACCUCACAUGAAGCAACACCAGGUACCCCUGGAGUAUCUGGUCCCGGUAGUACUGGACACCAGUCUCCUGGUUCCUCCGGACCAGGUUCCACAGGAACUUGGAAACCUGGUUCCUCUGGUCCUGGUAGUACUGGAACGUGGAACCCAGGUUCUUCCGGUACCGGUUCUACUGGAACCUGGAAUCCAGGUUCUUCAGGUACCGGUUCCACGGGAAACCAGAACACUGGUAGUCCAAGACCAGAAGUCUUAAACGAAUGUCAAAAGGGGGACCAGCAUUCGACGAAGGAGGACUUCCUUAAAAUAAUUGUAGAAGAAUUUAUGGGACCCCAAUUUAUAAAAGACGAAAAGGUUCCUAAGGAACAGGUCCAAAGUUCAGAUUCCGGAAGAAGAGGGGGGGAUUGCUAUUCCAUAGAGCAGAAAUUGGAUUUGGGUAAUUUACCUUCCAGUACCGACUACUAUGAGAAAUUCGUGGACGCAGAUGGAAAGGAAUGUAACACCAUUGGGGUCAAUGUCGCACAACUGACGAAUACAUUACAACAAGCAUUAAUAGGAUACUCCUCAAUUUCUUCCUAUGCGGGGAUGUUGAUGGGAGCUUAUUGCCACGCAUCAGAAAGGAAAAAAGAAUAUGCCGGCGAUCCCGAAAAAUUGCACCUCAAAGGCGCACCCUGUCAAUUCUUUUAUCAUUGGGUGGGGAAAUUUUUCCUCAGCACUAAUCAUGGGCAUAAGGUAUCAGACGUAUUGGAAGCAAUUUACGAAACGCUGGGAACUUAUUUCGGUGAAAGUAAAUGUGAAGUUAAAUACAAGGAUGUUGACAAUAGCAAAGACCUUUUCGACAAUAGGAAAAGAGUAUUCGAAUAUUAUUACGAUUAUUAUUACGUAAAAAAGUAUUUACAGCAAGUAAAGGGCGCGACACAGGGCAGUAUUUGGCAGAGUUAUCAGGCGGAUGUUACUAAUGCAUGUGAAGCUAUAGGAGAAUAUUGCUCACCAGGAGGAGAAGGGGGGGUAGGCACAACUAAUGGUGAGGCUGACCCAUAUUGUGACGAGUACAACAGUACAUACAAAGCUUACUGUGAAGGAGUGAACAAACAACCAUUAACAUGUUCUGGAGUAAAAGAACUGGAACCCGAAUCGGAAUCAGAAUCCGAACGACCAGGUGAACUCGAAUCUGAAGUGAAAGUUUCACUACCCACUGCAGAUGGUUCACCUGGUCAUCAAGCACUUCAGAACAGUGUGGACGUUGUGCAGCCCCCUCUGAAAACGGAAGUGGUGAAAGCUACUGAAGACCAUCCAGAAGGUGCUCCAGAAGCCACGCUGCAACCUCCUACAUCCCAGCAUGGAAAUGACGAGGGAGUGCAUACUCCACAACAUGGUCAUGGACAUGGAAGUGGUCCGACGGUGGAAACGCCUCUCCCUACACACAGUACACCAAGUGGCUCAGGACUUCCCACUGCUGCUAUGUCUGGUGGUGCAUUGGCAACAAUAGGAUUACCAGCACUUGGAUACUUUUUAUAUAAGUAUGAUCUUCUACCUUCUCGGAUAAAAAACUUCCUCGUAGGAAGCAGCAGCAAAAAUAAAAGAAAGGGAAGAAACAGAAGAAAAGAAAGGUCCCUUAGAAGAGAAUUUAAUGAGUUUGACCAUGACGAAGACUACGACAACUCAACAACAGAAACGAAAUUCAUUGAGUACCAGUUAAAACUGGUGAAGACACAUGGGGCGGGGGCUGAUGAUCAAUUAUGGACAAACUUGAAGAAAAUGUUAGAAGCCAUACCCGGGUAUUUGGGGCCAGAGCAUACGCAAAUACAAACAUGGUGCAGUAGGGACUUCGCGGAAACUAUACUGGAAGAAAGGCUUAGGGAGAAUGAUUGGGAUCCAACCUUAUGUAAGAUGUUAAGUAAAUUAUUACUAUGGAUGAAUGGUCGAAAUCAAGAUGGGCAGAAGCAGAAAAUGGGGAUGGGAACAAGUGAAGGAGAAGAAAUGGAAUUGAUGUUCCGAUGUAUAGCGGGAAGUGUAGUCAUAUGGGCCAUGUUUGGAGAUCAUUGUCUAUUGGGAAAUAUGUUGGAUUAUACAACGGGAGCAGUGGAUGGAAUAUUGGCAAAUUUCUAUAAGGCAGGAGUAGAAAGAAAAUGUGGGUACUAUGAUUUUAAGGACCUUAGAAUAGGAACACAGUUAUUAGGUACCUUAGUAAAAGGAUGGGUGGACGAAAAUAAAGGAAGUUUACGUGGUUAUGGCACUGUAGAAAAGGAUAAGGGUAAGGUAUGCAGCAAAAAGGAGGAAAAGGCAAGUACUCAGAAGAAAGAGAACCGGCAAGAAACUAAAAUAAAGGGAAUGACUGGGUAUGAAGCGAAGGAAAUGGAAGAAAUAAAAGAAAUUAUUAAGGAAGAGCAGUUUUUAACAGAAAAAAGUGCAAAAGAAGUAAUUGGCCAAAUUAAGGUCGGCCAAAUUAAGGAUGAUAAUGGAAUUGAGCAAAUAAUACAACAGAAAAUGAAAGAGCAGAGGGAAGCAGCUGUAAACCCCAAACUAUCAGUAGACCAGAAUAACUGUACAAUCAAGGGAUUGGAAGAAAAUGAAGAAGGUAACUGGGAUGAGGUGUUUACUGCAUUCUCAAAUAAUCCAAGUGAUGCUGAUGGUCAGGAUAUAUUUAGCAAGUGGGAAGGAUAUAAAAGUGUAUGUGAGAAUCAUGCAAUAACGGAUGGGGAGUGGACAGAAGUGGAAAAAACUUUCUGUAAAAUUUUAAUAAGAAAUUUAAUAAUAGCCAAUGAGAAGAAAUUUGAAUGUGAGGGAAAAAAGAAGAAUGUUCCAGGGAAAUAUUGUGUAACAAAAUGUGAUUUGUUGAAUAUGUGGCUUAUGUAUGUGAAGGAUCGUUGUGUAAGUAGUGACAUUAUUAAGUACGCAUACGAAGCAAUGUAUAAUUUGGAGGGCAAAUUAGGGGAAGGGCAGACAGGUGAACUUUGUGAGUAUGGGAAAUUUAGUAGAAUUGCGAGGGAUACUGGCGACGUACUACAUACUGUUACUAGUAAAAUGAUUUGUGAUGGGAAAAGGGGUAAAUUAGGGAAUAUUCACAAUAAGGAUUGGUGCAAUGAUAAUAACAGGAAAUAUACAAAGAACCUAAUUCAGGAUAGGGGGCGCAGUGGUAAUGCAAGUGCAGGGAGUGGGAGAGGGAAAGAGCUACUAAGGAAGAUAGAAGAGAAGGAACAGGAAGUUAAAAGCCAACUGCAGGAUCUGAUGGAAGAAAUUAAAAAGGUGGAGGCAGCAGGAGCACUCUCUACCCCAACACCCAAAGCAGGACAAGGUACUGACUGUAAGAACAAGGGUAACCUAUGUGAUCGCGUAGACUGCGUAGCAAAGAAAUGGGGAAUCAACAAUGGAAGUCAGGCGGUCACCUGGGAUAACAUGCGCGAUAACAUCGAGCAGAGGGCCAAAGAUAUGUUUGAAUAUAUAUCUAAUAAUAACGCUGGUAUGAAAGAUUACUGUACUGAUAGAAAUUCAGAGAGAAAUAGUAGAAGAGUCACUGACCCGGAGAUAAAUGCAUGUACAUAUAUUGCGGCAGGAUUAGAACAUAUAUACAGUAUUCCGGAAGAUGGAGACGGAACGCACAAGAAAGACGACAGGGAUUUUAAGCAAACUAUGUUAUGCCUAGUUCUAAACGCCUAUGCAGAUAUGCUGAAACAUGUGGUUAAAUCUCCCUGUGAAGUCAGUGAGGAUACAAUAAAACAAUCAUUUGAGAAAGGGAAUGGGCAAUUUAAAAAUUGGUGUAAGGUUACAGGAACGAAUGGUAAGGGUGAUUGUGUUAAAUGUGAUAGGGAUACAAAUUAUGCAAAUUGUAAAAUAGGCGGUACUAAGGAAACAGAUAAAGUAGGACAAAAGUUGGAGCAAUUGUUCAAGAAGAAUGAAAAAAAAGAAAAAUUAGAUCAAGGCAUGAGUGAUAUAAAUAAGAACUUAUGUGAUCGCGCCCAGUGUGUAACAACACAAUGGACUAGGGAUAGGAGACAAGGGGGCCAAACGAAAUGGGAGAAUCAAAUUUGGACAGAUGGGGACAUGGGGAACAUAUUGAACAAACUGUCUAAUGCUAUAGCCAAUGGAAGCACUUUAGACGAUGAUUCAUGCAAGAACAUUUUACAUAAUGGUAAUACAUCUCCAGAAGCUAAUAAAAGGAUAUGCCAGCUUAUUACAGCAGGUCUAAGGCAUAUAUAUAAUAUUACCGAAGAGGGGAACGAUGGGCCGAAACCCAAGAAUAACCAACUAUUUAAGCAAACUAUGGCUUGUAUGGCAUUAAAUGUGUUUGCAAAUGAGAUACUGACGGAAAGGAAGUGUGUCGACCAGGAAAAAAUGAAAAAAGUGUUUAAGGACGGAGGAAGUCUUUAUAAGGAAUUGUGCAACAGUGGUGAUAAUUGUGAGAAAUGUGAGUGGGACAGUUGUCCAAAGCCUACUUUUAAUAAUAGCAACCUACGGCAAAAAAUAAAAGAGGAGCUCCUGAAGAAUGCAGAAAUAAAUAAAACUUUGGAGGAGAUAUGUAAAAAGGAUACGCAACCAGAAGCUGCUCCAACAGCACCUGCUGCUGCACCAGGUGCACGAUCUGAAGAGAACCAAGAACAGUUACCAGCACCUGGAUAUCCUCCCGCACCCGCAUCGGCACCACCAAGCAUUUCGGGUACACAUGAAACAGGUCAGGCAGGUAAGAUUGCCCACGAUGAAGGCUGCUUCGAUGAUUCUGCAGGUGGCCCUAAUUCUGUUCCGAUUACUGAAUCAGGCGGAAGUACUGUUAUAGUGAAGAGUAAACAUAAAAUAGAAGGGCAGAUUUCCUGUACGCAACUAAGGGAACUGGAACGUCAGCAGAAUAAUUCACAUCCUUCUUUUGCAGGCGCAGGUGACAGUCAAACUCCAAGCACAGGAACAGACACCCAAACUCCAUCCGGUACCACGGGUGAUCCACCAUCACAAAAUACUGAAGUAACAAUCAAGGAACCAGACCAAGCUGGCAGCUCAACUAGUCAGACAAAUAACAAUGUAACAGGUCCAGAGCCACCACCUGCAAAACCUGCUCCUACUCCAGCUCCAGGUCCUGCCCCAACUCCUACACGUGGUCCUUCUGAUUCUAGAGGUGGAAGAAAAACUGAAACUGUUUUAAGAAUACCGAAGACUCUGAAAGUAGUGAACGUAAAGAAGAAAGGGAUGGACAACCCUUCGGAACUCCUUACCCCAUACCUUCCUACCAUUCCUGUCUUCAUUGGUACUUCUGUCAUAGGUUAUCUUUUUUGGAAGUAUUUUUUCCUUGGUAAAAGAAGAAAACGGCACAGAAGAGCUCAUCAAGUAUCCGGUCCUCCUCCUUUAGGAGAAAUCCUUGCUCAUGUGGACGACCAGGCAGAUGGUCCACAUGCAUAUACCUUAGUAAAGGAGCGAAAACCAAGAUCUACUCCAACGAGAACGAAGAGGGAAAAAAAACAGGGCGUUGAUGGCCGUGUGUGUCACCGUACCAUUAUUGAUAUUCAUUUAGAAGUCUUAGACGAAUGUCAAAAAGGGGACCUUCAUUCAACGAAGGAAGACUUUUUUGAAAUUUUGGUUCAAGAAUUUAUGGGAAGCAAUUUUAUCAAGGAAGAAAAUGUUCCUAGGGAACAAGUUCCUUGUUCAGAUUCCUGGUUUAGGGAGGAAGACUUUGUUCCUACGGAAGGUGUUCCCAAGGAACAGGUUCCAAGUUCAGAUUCCGGGUUUAGGGAAGAUGACUUUGUUUCUGAGGAAAGUGUUCCUAAGGAACAGGUUCUUAGGGAACAGGUUCCAAGUUCAGAUUCCGGAUUUACGGAAGAAGACUUUAUUCUUAAGGAAGGUGUUCUUCAGGAACAGGUUCCAAGUUCAGAUUCCGGGUUUUAG